AUGACCAGGAAUCUGUUGUCGGGGAAAAGCCCGUUCACCAGUGUCCUCCUUACCUGGUCUGGGCCUACAGAGGAAGUGGGUGGGGGCCGGUUAAGGAGGGAAGGCUACACGGUUCAGGUUAGUGUAAAUGACUACCUGGAUAUAUACUGCCCACACAAUGAUGGAUCACUGCCCAAGCACCAGGCAGAGCAGUAUGUCCUCUACAUGGUGAACCGUGAGGGCUACAGGAGCUGUGAACCCAGCCUGGGCUUUAAACGUUGGGAAUGCAACCGCCCGCACUCCCCACACAGCCCCAUCAAAUUCUCCGAGAAGUUCCAACGCUACAGUGCCUUCUCCCUCGGCUACGAAUUCCACGCGGGCCAGGAGUAUUACUACAUCUCAACUCCGACCCACCAUCACGGGACGACAUGUCUGAAGAUGAAGGUGUUUGUUUGCUGUGCAACCUUGCCGCAUCACCCAGAGGAGCAGCCAGUACCAACUCUGCCACAAUUCACCAUGGGCUACGAUCUGAAGACCAUCGAGGACCCGGACGAUUCCCGGCCGGAAGUCCCAAAGCUGGAGAAGAGUGUGAGUGGGAGCAGCCCGAGCCGUGAUCACCUGUAUCUCACCGUGGCCUCCACGUUGGCUCUCCUCUUCGGCCUCUUGGCCUCGUAGCUCCCGGAGCUGGACCAGGCCCUCGGAGGGGCCCCACCCACUCCCUCCCUCCCCAGAGACACUGGAA